CGUAGCACCGCUCCUAGCGAACGGCAGAACGAGAAAGAAAUAAAAUAGAAGAAAGACGGAGGCACGGAGCGAGCUUGCGACGAAGAAGGCGAGAAGCUGCGACCCUGCGACGAAGAGCGAACACCAAGACAUCAGCCGCGCCGCGUUCCUCUGUCCACGCCGCGCUUCCAUCCGUCCAGGGGGCUGCGUCGUCGGCCACUCGGCUGUCCUUCCUCUCUGGGUUCUGCCUCCAGCUCUGGCGCAGCCCAUCCCAUUGUAAUUUUCUGGAUCCGCCCCUGACAACACCAUAGAGAGGAAGCUUUAAUAUAUCUUUUCUUCAUGGAGGUUGGGUUGCGGGUACUUCUGUGUCCAAUUGGCUCUAACGUCGUUCUCCGAACAGCAUGUUGCUCAGUCGGUGUUAUCUUACCUGUUUAUUCUACAUUUAAAGCAAUUGAACAAAGGGAUCAAGAUCAACAACAAAAAUGGCUCAUGUACUGGGCAGCUUAUGGAUCUUUUAGUUUAGUCGAAUUGUUCACAGACAAACUUCUUCACUGGUUUCCACUAUACUAUCAUGUGAAGUUUGCGUUUCUUGUUUGGCUUCAACUUCCAUGUAUUGAUGGUGCAAAGAUGUUAUAUAUGAACCAUCUUCGUCCAUUCCUUUCAAAGCAUCAAGCUAGGCUUGACCAAAUAAUUUGUUUUUUAUAUGGUGAAAUGUCUAGGUUCGUCAGUCUCCAUCAAGAAGAAUUCCAGUUUGUGAAGACAAUGCUGAUGAAGAUAUGGGUGCCUAGUACCAAUUCCAUUCAGCCAGGACAAGGGCAAGCAAGUGGUGCGAUUGAAGCAGAGGCAAGUAGAGAGGAAAAUUCCGAAUCUGAUAAUGAUUAAGUAAUGAGUUUCUAAUUAAGAAUCAAUCAUAGCCAUAGGUGCAGUUUCUGGGUUGAGUGAAGACGCGUUUUCUGAAUGCCUUUCUAACAGUUUCUGGGUUGAGUGAAGACUUGCGUUUUCUGAAUGCCUUUCUAACAUCUCUUACUCCGCAUCUUUUUAGUUUGUCAAAAAUCUAGUUUUUUGGCCAUGUAAGCUUCCUUUCACUACAAUAAAGGAAGCAAUGUGAAUAUUUGAUUUUAUUCCUCUAGAAGUCUUAUGGAAAUGCUUGCAAAGUAGAUAGUUUGAGCACUUACCUUCGUUUUAGCUAUUUGGAUGUAAACCAGGACUCUAGUGUACACUAUUAAUGGAAUAAUGAGUGAUGUAUAAUUGCUAAUAGAUGACCACCCGAAC